AUGGCUUCUAAGCUUACUCGUAUCGCCAUCGUAAACGAUGACAAGUGUAAGCCCAAGAAAUGUCGACAGGAAUGCAAGAGGUCUUGCCCGGUCGUUCGUAGUGGAAAGCUUUGCAUCGAAGUUGCCCCGGAUUCGAAGAUAGCUUUCAUCUCCGAAAGUCUUUGCAUUGGAUGUGGUAUCUGUCCCAAGAAAUGCCCCUUCGAUGCCAUCACCAUCAUCAACCUACCCACCAACCUCGAAACCCAGGUCACCCAUCGAUACUCCGCGAACAGCUUCAAGCUCCAUCGAUUGCCGACGCCGCGACCUGGCCAGGUGCUGGGUCUUGUCGGAACCAACGGUAUCGGAAAGAGCACAGCUUUGAAGAUUCUCAGUGGCAAGCUUAAGCCUAACCUAGGAAGAUAUGAGAACCCGCCGGACUGGGAAGAUGUCAUCAAGUACUUCAGAGGAUCCGAGUUGCAAAACUAUUUCACCAAGGUCCUUGAAGAUGACCUAAAGGCCGUUGUCAAACCCCAGUACGUUGACCAGCUCCCGCGAGCUGUCAAGACGCCCGACAAGAGUGUCAAGUUCCUCCUCGAGCACAGAUCCGCAAUGGGCAAUAUGGACUUGGUCCUUGACACCUUAGAGCUUCGUCAUAUCUUGGACCGCGAUGUUAACCACUUGUCUGGUGGAGAAUUGCAACGAUUCGCCAUUGGAACAGUCUGUGUCCAGAAGGCUGAUGUAUACAUGUUUGACGAGCCUUCUUCUUACCUCGAUGUCAAGCAGCGUCUUUCUGCAGCUCGAAUGAUCCGUUCUUUGCUCGGCCCGGAUAACUAUGUUAUUGUUGUCGAACACGAUUUGUCAGUCCUUGACUACCUUUCCGACUACAUUUGUGUUCUCUACGGUAAACCCGCUGUAUAUGGUGUCGUUACUCUUCCCCACUCGGUCCGUGAAGGCAUCAACAUUUUCCUUGACGGUCAUAUUCCUACCGAGAACUUGCGGUUCCGAGAAGAAUCUUUGACGUUCCGUAUCUCGGAGGGCACUGAUGACUUCCAAGCCGACAAGGCUCGCGCCUUCAGCUACCCUAAAAUGGAGAAGACUCUCGGAAACUUCAAGCUCAACAUUGACGGCGGUGACUUUACCGACUCGGAGAUUAUCGUCAUGAUGGGUGAAAAUGGUACAGGAAAAACGACCUUCUGUAGGCUUCUGGCCGGCGCUCUUAAACCUGAUAAUGCCGAGAAGGUUCCCGAGAUGAGAAUCAGCAUGAAGCCUCAAACUAUUACCCCUAAAUUCGAGGGUACCGUCCGACAACUAUUUUUCAAGCGAAUCAAGCAGGCAUUCCUUUCCCCGCAGUUCCAGACUGAUGUCGUCAAGCCUCUUAAACUGGAUGAUUUCAUCGAUCAAGAAGUCAAGAACCUGUCCGGUGGUGAACUGCAGCGUGUGGCUAUUGUCAUGGCACUCGGAUUACCAGCUGACAUCUACUUGAUUGACGAGCCGUCGGCCUACUUGGACUCCGAGCAGCGUAUCAUUGCAGCACGCGUGAUCAAGCGCUUUAUCAUGCACGCUAAGAAGACGGCUUUCAUCGUAGAGCACGAUUUCAUCAUGGCUACAUACUUAGCAGAUCGCGUUAUUGUGUUUGACGGAAAGCCGGGUCUCGAUGCCCAUGCUAACACGCCCGAGUCGCUACUCACUGGAUGCAACGCUUUCUUAAAGAACCUAGAUGUCACCUUCCGUCGUGACCCGACAAACUAUAGGCCUCGUAUCAACAAGCUGAACAGUCAGUUGGACCAGGAACAGAAACUGGCUGGAAACUACUUCUUCUUGGAAGAGGACAGCUCUUGA